UUUUUUUUUUUAAGAUUUUUUUUUCUAAGACAUGCUUUUUGCUUUGUUUUACAGAAAUCAUGUCGAAGCCAAGUUUGACCGACGAGGAGAUAAAUGAGUUGUUGGAGUGGGAUGACUCGGACGGAAGUGAGUACGGGGAGGAUGGGACCGACAACUGGGAGGUUGACGAGGGGGUGGAUGAGGUUUACGUGGAUGUGGAGGGAGAUGAAGAUGACCCUACCCCAAGGCCCUCUGAAAAGGGGACCUCGAGGAGUACCUCCCCUCCCCCACCUCCAUCAAGCCCUGCAGCCACCCCAGAGGCUUCCCCUUCAUCUACAGACAUGGUAACACUUUGCACCACACAAGAGGAGGCAGCAGAGGCAGAAAUACACGACCUGGCAACUCCACUCUCCACUCUGACCCAGCCAGCCACCUUAUCUCGCUCGCCUGACCUCUUAUCUUGUGUAAACACAGCAGCCUACCCCACCACUACAGUUUCCACCACAACAACACCUCUCUUGCCUCCUGCCAUCAUCACAACUCGUAGCAGGACACUGUUCCAGCCCUCUACACCUCUGCCUUCCACCUCUACACCUGCUGAUGAUCAGCCCACCCCUGCCACCCCUGCCACCCCUGCCACCCCUCACCGACCCAAGCGUGGCCGUGUGUUCUCUCCUCUUCCAUCUACGUCUCGUGGGUUGCUGGAUGAUGAUGAUGAAGACGUGGAUGACCCACAACCACUGCCUUCUGCUGAACUCCUCCCUCAGCAGUGAGAUCAUCCAAACGGAGGAGGGGGCCCCAGAAUCCAGUUGUAGGGCAACCGCUGAGGAGUGUGGGCUCAACACUACGUGGAAGGGACAAGAGGAAAACUGUGUGGAGGCCUGAUUCGAAAAGUAACCUUUCCAGGUUGCAGGUGACAUACGACACUCCAGGAAAAACCUCCGAUGUGUUUGAUGGGUUGGAAAACAUUGAUGAAUACUUCCACCAGUUCAUCGAUGACUACAUGCUGGCUAUGGUUACAUUGCACACUAAUGACAGGGUCGCCAAUGUUAUGAGGGGGAAGUAUAAGAAUCCUGAUUACACCCUGCAGGAUCUUGACCUCAUGGAGAUGAAGGCCUUCUUGGGUAUCCUACUCAUGACAGGAGCCAGGAAAGAUAACAGGACCUCCUCCAAUAUAUUAUGGUGCAACGUAGAAGGCAUUCCUCUCUACCGGGCCAGCAUGUCAGAGAGGAGAUUCAGGAUCAUCUUGUCGGCACUCCGCUUUGAUGACGCAACCACCAGGGCACAGAGAGUGAGGACAGACAAGUUGGCACCCAUCCGAGAGUUGUGGGAAAAGUUGGUGCAGCACUGCCAAGCCCUCUACACACCUGGGCCCCACAUCACCGUGGAUGAACAGCUGUUGUCGUUCCGUGGGCGUUGUGGGUUUCGGAUGUACAUCAAGAAUAAACCUGCCAAGUACGGUCUGAAGAUUGUGAUGGCGUGUGAUGCAGACUCACACUACAUGCUGAACGCCAUCCCUUAUCUGGGUAAGGGCAGCACGCCAUCGGACCGGCUUCAAGGGGAGUACUUCACCACGACGCUCACUGAGGCAUACCACUUCACCGGCCGCACUGUCACCACGGAUAACUGGUUCACCUCCAUUCCUCUGGUGGACAAGCUGCAGGAGAAGGGGCUGCACCUGGUGGGGACGUGCGGGGUGAAGAAGGAACUACCAGCAGAGCUCCUCAAAAUGAAGAUGGCGAAUAAGGAAUCUUUGGCAGUCUAUAACCAUGCCAGAGACCUCACACUUCAGUGCACCCAAGUCAAGCCUACCAAGCGCCUGCAGCUCCUGUCAACCAUCCACCACGAACCCACCAUCAUCGAGGGACACAAGACAGACAUCGUAAUGUUUUACAACGCGACCAAGGGCGGUGUUGACACAUUCGACCAGUUGUGUGCCGCUACAGACACCGCCCGCAAGACCAACAGAUGGCCAGUCUGCUUGUUUUAUGGGAUGAUAAACAUCGCGCUUGUUAAUUCAUUCAUUGUGUGGCAGGCCAAGCAUCCAGACAUGAAAAUGACCAGGAGGCAGUACACGAAGAUUCUGGCAGAGAAGCUGUGCAGGCCAUCUGCGGUGCGGCGCCUUGGUAUCCCAAGACUGAGCAUCAGCCUCCGUAGCCUCAUACGUAACACUUUCAAUGUCCCACCUGAGGAGAGGCCAGCAACACAGCAAAAGAAAACUGAGAAGAGGCAGCGGUGCUUCCUCUGCCCCACCAGAGAGCAGGGACGAACCCGGGUCUGCUGCAGUGGAUGUGGGAAGUCCGUGUGUGCAUCCCACUACUCUGUCUUCUGCCCCUCCUGUUGCUAGGCGUGGAUUUUGCAGAGAACAGGUUGUCUCGCGCCCGUCGUGUGGUGGAAAAUGCUUUCAGUCUCCUGCAGUCACGAUUUAGAGUCUUCGGCACUACCGUGCUACAACGACCUGCAGUUGUCAAAAUUGUCACCAUGUGUGGGUGUGUGAUGCACAACCUGAUAUUGGACCGCUACUCAAAUUUUCAUCCCCAAGAAGUCGACUGCGAAGAUGGUGACCAUAACGUGAUUGAUGGAUCGUGGAGGAACAUACCAAAUCUGAUGCAACGCCUCCAAACUCGACGGGGAACAAAUCCAACGAGAGAAGCAAAGGCCGUCCGAGACUACCUGGCUUUGUACUAUGCAUCAGAAGCAGGCGCAGUUCCCUGGCAAGAAAGGAUGGUAUAUCCAAGAGGACGACCAGCAGACGAACAAAGGAUGGA